GCAUUAGUUACCAAUGAAUGAGACAAUAAUCGUACUGCCUACAUAUAUCAAUCCACUGCCCUCUUGUGUCAAUUUUACGUAAUUUUCUACAAUCAAAAUAAUAACUUAACCUCUUUAUUUCUUGUCUUCCUUAUAUUGCAAUUUUGAAAAAAGAUAUGUGUUAAAUAUAUAAUUAGGCAAAAGUCAUUUUUUUAGAGAAAAAAUAAGUUAUUUCAUUAUUCGGCCAAUAAUUUGUCAAAGAUACAAUGGAUGAGUGUCCGAAUAUUAUUGUUCGUUUAGCAGUAGAUAGAGCAGAUAUGAAUUUAAUUACAAAUGAAAAUGUACAACCACGAUUUUAUACUCCUGGAGAAGAAAUUUCGAGUCAACCUAAUUUUUUAAGGGGUCACGGAACUUACGUUGAUGAUGAAAAUACAUUAAGAGCUUCAGUUGCUGGGGUUUUAGAAAAAGUUAAUAAAUUAAUAUCAGUAAGACCAUUGAAAGCACGUUAUCAGGGUGAGAUUGGCGAUGUUGUUGUUGGACGUAUAACUGAAGUACAACAAAGGCGUUGGAAAGUUGAUACAAAUUCUAAACUUGAUUCAGUUUUGUUAUUAUCUAGUGUAAAUUUACCAGGAGGUGAAUUGAGACGACGAUCUGCUGAAGAUGAACAAACAAUGAGACGUUACUUGCAAGAAGGAGAUUUAAUUUGUGCAGAAGUACAAAGUACUUUUGUAGAUGGUUCUCUAUCAUUACAUACAAGAGUUCUAAAGUACGGUAAAUUGUCUCAAGGGAUAAUGUUAAAAGUACCACCUGCUCUUAUAAAGAGAAAAAAGAUACACUUCCACAAUUUAGAGAAUGGAGCUAGUUUAAUAUUGGGAAAUAACGGCUAUGUAUGGAUUGGUGCUAAUACACAAGAAACAGAUAAAUCAGAGGGUGGUUUUACGCAGGACUUGUCUAGAGUACCUCAAGAUAAUCGAGAAGUAUGUGCUCGCCUUCGUAAUUGCGUCCUAAUUUUGGCACAAUGUAAUAUGAAAUUAUCUGAUACAUCUAUAACAUAUGCUUAUGAAGAAUCUAUGAAAUAUAAGGUGAGCGAAUUAUUGCACGAACAGCAAAAGUGGACAAACAUGGAUGCAUGUUUUACUGCCUUUGACAAAGAUGAAGAUGGAUUUUUAUCUGUAUCAGAAUUUAAACUUAUAUGUAGUGCCUUAUUUCGCAAUAAUCUUGGUAAAGUUUAUACACUUGAAGAAGAUCAAUUGCAAGAAAUAUAUUCAAUCUUUGAUCUAAAUAAUGAUGGAAUGAUAGACAGGGAAGAAUUUGAAAUAUGCUGGAAUCUUUGGAUUAAAGUUUGCACACGUCCAAAAAGUGCCUUUCUUAUUGUGGAUGUACAGAAUGAUUUUAUAUCAGGAUCUUUAAACAUUAAACAUUGUGCUGCACAACAUGAGGGAUUAGAAGUAAUUGAACCUAUUAAUCGUUUAUUGGAUACAGUAACAUUUGAUGCUGUAUUUUAUUCACUUGAUUGGCAUCCUGUAGAUCAUGUAUCUUUCAUUGAUAAUUUACCUUUCAGGGAAAUUGAUGAAAGCGAUGGUAUAUCUAAAGAAAUGGUCCGAGUAUAUGACAGUGUAACAUUUAAAGCAUCACCUUCAAUAAAGCAAAGGCUCUGGCCCCGUCAUUGUGUUCAGGAUUCAUGGGGUGCUGAACUUCAUAAAGAUUUAAAAAUAAUUAAAAAUGCUAUAAAAAUUUACAAAGGAACUAAUUCGGAAGUAGAUUCAUACUCCGUAUUUUGGGAUAAUAAAAAAUUAACAGAGACAACAUUAGCUUCACAAUUACAAGAGAUAGGCACCACAGAUAUAUAUAUUUGCGGAUUAGCAUAUGACGUAUGCGUAGGUGCUACUGCUGUUGAUGCAACAACAAAUGGUUAUCGUACUAUUCUUAUCGAUGAUUGUAGCCGUGGAGUUGAUUUAGUGGAUAUUGAAAAAACGAAAGCAAAUGUAAUAGCUAAUAAUGGAAUUAUUGUAAAUUCAAGUCAAGUAAAAGCUAUGGUUGAAGGAAGAGAUAGAAGACCAGAACUCGGAUAUAAACUUGCUCUGGAAAUUAAAAAGAAAUUAAGUGCCAUAAAUGAGGUUGACAAAUAGUUUGCUUCUAAUAUAAAAAUAAAGUAGAAAGAGAGAGAGAGAGAGAGAGAGAAAGAGAGGAGAGAAAGAGUAUAUAAAUAUAUAUAUAUAUAUAACAAUUGUACAGUGAAAUGUAUAAAGACUUAGUAGGCUACAAAUGAAGAUCUAUUGAAAAUUAAAAGUAAUAUAAUAUAAAAUAAUAAAAUACUAUAUUUAUUAUAUACAUUAUUAAAAGAGAAGUAUAUAUAUUAAUAAUCAGCUGCAUUACUGGCUAGAUAAUCACGGCGGCCAAUAUUCGAUGCUUGUUUAUUUUGAAUAGCUUCCAGUUUAGGACAUUCAGUAAUUCUGUGCCCAAGACCACCGCAAUAACUGCAACCACGUUCAUCUGUAAGAUUAAAUGAUAAUAUAGGUUUCUAUCGAAGUAAAUGAAUAAUUAAUAAAAUUUGUAUAAAUUAUUUUACCUCCCAAAUUAAGAUAUUUUUCAUUUUCAGAACAAAGCUCAAGUAAAAAUGGUGGAACUUUCUGUUUUGCUUCCAUCAAUAAAUGUUUAAGAUCAAGUAAUACAGAUUCGUCAUUUGCUUUAUUUAUAAAUGUUGUGGCUAUUCCAGUUCUGCCUGAUCUUCCAGUUCUUCCAAUUCUGUGUACUGAAAUAAUAGAUUAUUUUCAUUGCACACACACAUGUGGAAAUAAACAAUAUUAUUUUAAAA